ACACCUUGUGCUCAUCAUAUCUAAGUGAAAUUCAGUUUGAGAAGUGUUUUCUAAGCGAAAAAAAUUGUAUUAAAAUUAAAGUGAACAUUUUAUGACUAAGUAAAAAGAAAAUUAGAAAAAUUUUCGAGAAAUUUACGUACUCCAGUGCACCUGAAAACAUAAAUAAAUAACUACUUAAAAAUGGUACAAGUCCCAAUGCAGGCUGCUUUUAGCAUAGAUGCUAUACUUAAGAAAACCAGCAAUCAACCGCAAUGUGCACCAAUCAAAAUUUGUAUGCCGCUGGAACAGCUUGCACAACAGCCUAAAGAAUCGGAUGAGCGACUAAAUCGUAUGCAAACUACUAUGCCACGUAUAGAACGCUUAAAAUCUCUAGAUGAGUGUUCAAGUACGGAUGAAUUUGAGAAUCCCUCCGGCACCAGUACGCCAUUUAGCGACGUUACCAAUGCAACCAGCAGCAGUGAUGACAAGGAGAACAGUGACGUGGAGGUAAAUGAUGACUCUUCCGAGGAAGUUAAUGUUGAUGAUACGGCGGGCAUAGAAAAAGUAGAAGAGAACGAAAAUGAAAACGAAAACGAAAACGCUGACGAUGAGAAACCGAAACCAAGCUAUAAUACUCUUAUUAUGAGGGCUAUAGUAAAGAGCCCCUAUGGGCGACUGACUUUAAGCGAAAUUUAUCAAUCUCUCAUGGACGAAUACCCAUAUUUUCGCAAGAAUAAGCGUGGUUGGCAAAACUCGAUACGCCAUAAUUUGAGUUUAAGCAAGUACUUCACGAAGGUUAGACGCUCCAGCUGUGAUCCCGGUAAAGGCCACUAUUGGAUGUUGGAUAGCAGUGCUAACGAAGUCGAAUACGGUGGAACGAAUGGUAAAUUGCGACGAAAAAAUCCCGGAGCUAGUCGUUCACGUUUGGCCCGCCAAACGAUUUACGCACCAGCUAUGAUGCCUUAUGUAGCAGCAGCACCGGCAUACUAUCAUCAAUACGCAACUAAUUAUGCCCAAUUGGGAGCUCUGCAUAACCAACAAUUAGCAGUAGCAUAUUAUCAAGCACAAAUGGUAGCGGCGGCGGCGGCAGCAUCAGCAGCAGUCGCUCCACGAUCUCCACCAUCACCGAUCGCGGUAGCCGCAGCAGCACGAGCACCACAACCGAUGGCGACUUACGGUUAUAAUUCCUCACCGCCACUUCCAGCCGUAGCAGCACGAGCACCACAUCCAUUGGCGACCUAUGGGUAUAAAUCACCGUCAUCACCAGUCACAGCGACGGUAGCAACAACAGCAUUGGCGCCACCAGCACAUCAUCCGGUAGCCUCAAUGGGUUAUAACUCUCCGCCAUUAGCACCAGUGUCAACGCCAGUUUAUAAUCCAACAAUGACAGCAGCAGCGGCGGCAUAUAGUUCCAUGCCCAUGCGCACAGUGCAAUCUACGCAUGUUCAAAUGCCAAACGAUUUCUUUCACCCGAAGCAGGUUUAUGGCAAAUACACUAGCAGUUAGUUCAGCUGCGUAUAUAGGGCUCUCAGUCAAAACCCGCCCGCUUUAGUGUCGUACAAAAAUUGCGGACACCUGGAAGCAGUCGGCAAGCCCAUCAAAAACGGCGAACGAAAUCUUCACUUUUGAAGCAACUGACAACGGCCAUUGUAGCGGCCUGCAGAGAAUAUUGAACAAAACCCCCCCACAAAAAAAAACAGCUUCAUUUAAUAAAGAUGAAAAAAAAAUUGUGGGGGCCUCUAUUUGUAUGAAGAGCACAAGACGCAUAUCAAACAAUCGGAGGAGAUGCUCGGCCGAAAAGUGCCAAUUGUAUAUUGGUACACACAUACAUACAUAUUUAUAUAUGUAUGAUGAACAUGAAUGACUUUAUUAUUUUAUUUACUGGCGAAUGUUUAUGCACUCCAAAGGCUAUUUAAAAAAAUAUGUAUCGGAAAACUAAAAAUGUUACAAAUAUU